AUGGCAGCAUCCAGAGAUGAUGAUGGGCUUGAACUCAGCACCUUUGGUGAAGACUUGUCCUCUCACCAUGAUGCAGGUCAACAGGAACUGGCAAGGAAGAAAGCACGCGUCCUCGUGGCUUCAUCGCUCCUGCAGCUACCAAUUUGGGGUUUUGCUAUGAGCUAUGGUGUUUUCCAGGAAUAUUAUACCAGCGAAAAAUUCCUGAAGGGUGCUCAAUCUUCUACUGGUGUCAUCGGAACAACUUCAAACGGAGUCGUCUACUUGUCCAUGCCCAUUCUUUUCGCUCUCUUCAGUCAACAAUGGGCACGCUUUCGACGCACUGUUGCCCUUUGUGGGGUGGCACUGAGCUGUAUCAGCUUUGUUCUAGCUGCUUUCAGCACCCAUGUUUGGCAGGUCAUUUUCACACAGGGUGUUCUUGCCGCACUCGGCAGCGCUCUGAUCUACAGUCCAACGACUCUGUCGCUGGGCGAAAGCUACAACAACAGCAAUCGGUCAGUAGCCUAUGGCGUUGUCUUCUCCUGCAAGAACAUUGUGGGCUCUGCAUGUCCUUUCUUUCUACAAUUUCUGCUGAACAGACAUGGGUUCCGCAACACAAUGCUCAUAUGGGCAGCCGUCAUCACAGUAAGCAGUGCCGCGGCUGUGUUCCUGAUUCCCAACCAUGUCUCCACUGCAUCGAGGGAGGUCAUUCGACCGAGACAUACGCCGUGGAAAUUCCUCAACCACGAGACAUUCUAUAUCUACAGUAUCGCUACGCUGAUUCAGAGCUCUGGGUACGGUAUUCCACAGACAUAUCUUAACUCAUAUGGUCAGGAAGCUGGAUUGCUCUCCCAGACGUCUGCUACUUUGCUCUUGACACUGUUCAACGCCCCUGGCAUCAUCUCCAGUACCUUCUUCGGUUACUUGAGCGACAACAAGAGACUUCCUUUCUCUGCUCCAGCCGUGACAUGGAUGUCAGGAAUCUGCUCUGCACUUUCGGCCUUCUUACUAUGGGGUGUGGGACCUCGCCAGAGCAUGGUCACUUUGACCCUCUUCUCCAUUACCUUUGGUUUCUUCUCCGGCGGCUACAGUGCUACCUGGGGUGGGAUUAUCAAGCAAUUGGAACGCGAGGCUGCAGAGAGAAACGAAGCCAUUGAUACUGGUGUCGUGCUUGGCCUGUUCAAUGGUGCAAGAGGCAUCGGCUACGUUGGUGGUGGUCUCGCUGGUGUACAACUCCUCAAAGCUGGAACAGCAAGCAUGUUGGGUAACUCUGGAUAUGCCACUGCCUACCGCGGACUCAUUAUCUUCACAGGAAUAACAUCUGUAUUCGGAGGCUGGAGUCUCAUAUGGCGGUGCAAGAAUCUAUUGCCUUUAAAGGCCUUUCGAUGA